UAUUCCAUUCCUUGAGCGAUCAGGUUUGCCAUCCCCUCCCCCCCUCCCCAUUCUCUCCUUCUCGCUCUCGCUGGAUUUCGCACUCCCUCACAAAAAAAUUGCGGCUCUGUUGAGUCCUCGGGAAUGCCAGCAUUUCAACGAGACUCCGGAGGAUGCUGUCCUGUCACGGCCAUUUCUUGCCGCGAUUUUCUGUCUUUUGUUGAUUUUCUUCCACGCCACAGCUCAUGCUAAUCGCCGGUUCCUUGCAAACUAGCUCUACGGCCAUGAAAACAGCCAUAUGGAACUGCGUCAACGGGUGGUGCAGCAUCUACGCAACCACGCUUCCUACUUCAAGGUCUUCAUCGAUGUUCAGCCCGUCCGCCGAGCCCCCCGCCGCCGAGCGGCCGCAAGCCACAAGUCGGAUCUCGAACAUCAUUCACAGGCGGAAAUCGACAAGGCAUACGAGGAGCGGCUUCUACGGAUGGCAAACAAGGGUGUGUUUGGCGACAACCUCGAAAUCCAGGCGUUUGCCCGAGAGUUUGAUGUCAAUGUCAAGAUCUACCAGCGGGAGAACGCGUACGUGAUAUGCCCCGACAACACCGCCGGAUCCAAAUUGAGCGACGACAAUAGGACCACGGUGCAUAUUGCCUAUCACAUCUGGGAACACUAUUCGUCGAUCCGGAAUCGAGAUGGUCCGCACUCGGGGCCUCCAUGCGUUCGAGAACAGAGAUCAAUUACCGAGCGAGAGAAGAAACAGCUGUUGGACGGUGCGUCUGCCAUAUUACCGUGGAUGGAGGACGUUGUGGCGGCGUCCAUCCCGCAGUACGAAACACCGGAACGCAUCAGGGAGGUUCUGGAGCAGUGUAAAGGCGGCGUGGACGAGGCGGUCAAGUUUCUUCAGGAUGAAUGGGACUUGGCAAGCAAUUUCGACACGGAAUCCACCGCACCCGACUAUGGUGACGAUUAUCAGCGCGUUGUCCCCGAUUUCGACGAUGAGGAAGACCUUCGGACCGAAAACGUCCAGCUCGUCGAGCUAAUCGAGGACAAGAAGGAGGAGCCAAGAGCCAUCAUCCAGGAAAUACCACGACCGGAUAUCAAGGCAAUGUCUCAGCCAGGUUUCCGAGCGCCGACUGUGCAGCCCGUGGCGCCGCCGGCAGUCCGCGUUGAGGUCCAGCCGGCGGUCCAGCCGGUGGUUCUCCAGCCGGUGGUUCAGCCAGUGAUCGAGACGAUCGCCCCGGCAAAGGUUAAAGCCGAUUUUCCGUCAUCCAAGGCCCAGCCUACGACUCGGACUAAAAUGGUCGAUGAGGCCAUGCUAGAUGCUCCAGCACUCAUCCAAGAUGUUCCCUUCCCCAUCCAGGUGACUGUCGAGGCCACCACACAAAAGCCCGACAGCAACGUCGAUGAGUAUUCUGGCGCGAAGCGGAGAAAGAGCCCUGAUGGCUCGCCCGUUAGGGUUACCGCAGCCCAGAACAACAGUUCGAGCGACGAAACCAGCUCCGCGGGAUCAUCUGGGUCCUCGAUGUCGGACAAUAACGAUAGAAGACGACGGAAACCCGCCAGGAAAUCUACCGUUUCCGCGCAGCCCACGCGAAGAUCACCGAGGAUCCAAGCCAAGGCGAUAACCGCCGCGCAAGAAGCCGCCGCGAGGGCCGCAGCGCCGCCGCCACCUCCACCUACCCCGAAGAAUACUCGUACCCCCCGGAAGCCUCGGGCGAACGCCGCCACCAAGAAGAAGACACCGGCUACUACCCGGAAGCGUGGUGGUGCUGGCAUCGGAAUGGUCACGGUGGGUAUUAAAGAGCUAUACGUGUAGAUGCUCACUCCUCUUUGUCCUGUACAAACGAAACGAAGAAAAUAAGGGUAUGGAUACAUGGGCGGGGCGUAUGGCGAAUUGUUGGCAAUCUCUCGUUUUUCCUUACUUACCUUUCCACUUGCAUCCUCUGGUGGUAUACUUUACAUUUCUAUUUUCUUUUCUCCUCCCUUUGCAGUUGUCUUGUCUUGUCUUUCGUUCGUUUCCUUUCUUCAACCUCAUGGAUGGUCUGGCCGGUUUGGGUGUGGUUUUUUUCGAUGGCGUCUUUGUUUUGUUUCUUCAUUUCUUUCCUGUAUCUCCUUACGCACACUGCAUAUCAUUUCAGGAGUUUUUUUUUCUUUCCUCAUUUCUUACCGUUUCCUUUUUUCUUCUACUCAAUGGAAGGAAAGGAGGCUUGUCCUCCUCCUCCCCUGAGACAUGGCAAGUGCUUGCUUUCUCGAUUUGGUUGUGGCUACAUAGAUGGUGCUUGGUGGCAUGGGCGGG